AUGGAGUGGUCAGCUUGUACGGAUGAGUACGAGAAGCUUGUUUUUCGCAUGAGCACUCCCAGAGUGGUUAUUGACAAUGCGGUUUGCUCCAAUUCAACUAUAGUCAAGUUUGAUAGUGCUAGAAAGCAUGGAAUUCUUUUGGAAGCAGUACAAAUUCUCAGCGAUCUGAAUCUUUUCAUUAAGAAAGCUUAUGUUUCCUCUGAUGGCAGAUGGUUCAUGGAUGUUUUUCAUGUUACGGAUCAAGAUGGAAAUAAGUUGACAGAUGAGAGUGUUUUGAAGUAUAUUGAACAGUCACUUGGUAGCAUUCAUAACGGAAAAACCAAUCACAGAAAUGGUCUCACUGCUUUGGAAUUAAAGGGGAUGGAUCGUGUUGGUCUUCUCUCCGAAGUGUUUGCAGUAUUGGCCGAGUUUCAAUGCGAUGUGGUUGAGGCUAAAGUUUGGUCACACAAUGGCCGGACUGCUUCCUUAAUUUAUGUUAAAGACUGCACCUCCGGGACAUCUAUUGAAGAUUCUCAAAAAAUUAAUCGGCUUGAAGCACGACUAAGAUAUGUUUUACAAGGAGAUAGUGAUAUUAGGAGUGCAAAAACAUCUAUUUCUGAUGUUGUUAUACACCCUGAAAGAAGGCUUCACCAAAUGAUGUUUGCCGACCGUGAUUAUCAGAAGAGUCCAAUUUUGAAGUUCACUUCAGAAAUACCGUUAGUGACUGUCCAAAAUUGGGCAGAAAGGGGUUAUUCGGUUGUAAAUGUCCAGUGCAAGGAUCGCACCAAGUUGUUGUUUGAUGUUGUGUGCAAUUUGACAGACAUGGAAUAUGUUGUGUUCCAUGCAACUAUCAACACAAGGAUUGACCAAGCAUACAUGGAGUUUUAUAUAAGACAUAAAGAUGGUACUCCGAUUAGUUCAGAACCGGAGCGUCAACGAGUGAUUCAAUGCUUGCAAGCGGCUAUAGAGAGAAGAUCAUGUGUGGGUGUUAGACUAGAGUUAUCUGCGGAAGACAGACAAGGGCUUCUAGCCGAGGUGAUGAGAACGUUCCGGGAGAACGGGUUGAAUGUGACUAGGGCAGACAUAACUACGACAGGUGACUUGGCUGCCAAUGUUUUUUACGUAACAGAUUCCAUCGGAUACCCGGCUGACAAAAAAAUCAUUGAGUCGGUUAGACAGAAAAUUGGGUUAAGCAAUUUAAAAGUGAAGGAGUUGCCUAUUGUAAGUCAUGAGAAGGCAGAGAGGGAAGAUGAGUCAGUUGGAGUUGGCGGGGCAGUGUUAUUGUCCCUUGGGAGCAUUGUGAGAAGGAAUCUAUACAAUUUGGGUUUAAUCAAAUCUUGUUCUUGA